AACACAGAAGAAGAACAAUAGAAAUCCGUAUGGGUGUGUGUGACGCCACCUCUUCCUCGUAACCUCCAUCUUUCGCCCCAGCGCGUGCCCGUGUGGACGUUCGAGCAGGUUUGGGAUGAAACGUGUUGAUUUGUGCUCGUUGCUGCGCGGCCGGACCGGAGCUGUCGGACCGAACCGAGCCGUGACGCGCCGUGUUCGGUUGAAAGAAUGAAUCAAGAAAAACUGGCAAAACUUCAAGCCCAGGUCCGGAUAGGGGGAAAAGGAUCUGCACGCAGGAAGAAGAAGGUGGUACACAGAACUGCAACAGCCGAUGACAAGAAGCUACAGAGUUCACUUAAGAAAUUGGCUGUCAACAAUAUAGCUGGAAUCGAGGAGGUGAACAUGAUCAAGGACGACGGAACCGUGAUCCACUUCAACAACCCCAAAGUGCAGGCCUCGCUGUCCGCCAACACCUUCGCCAUCACGGGCCACGCCGAGACCAAGCAGCUGACGGAGAUGCUCCCCGGCAUCCUCAGUCAGCUGGGCGCCGACAGCCUCAGCAGCCUGCGCAAACUCGCAGAACAGUUCCCUCGGCAAGCUCUCGACAGCAAGGCUCCAAAGGCAGAGGACAUUGAAGAAGAGGACGAUGAUGUUCCAGAUUUGGUGGAGAACUUCGAUGAAGCGUCGAAGGACGAGGCAAACUGACACGCGCGGAGUCCGCCGGCGCACACAUGCAGGGCCGGACCGCAGCCCAAGCACGGCGUUUUUAAACGUCUAGUCAUGCCGACAUAUCAGACACUGAGCCCACCCCAACCAACCAGAGACUUUUCUAUUUACCCAAUGACCCGAGGAUGUCGCAGUCAGACCGGCCGGUGCACUUAAAACACAUAAAGAUACUCCCUUCACGUCAAAUCCCUCCACCAGUCACGGUCAGGGUGACAGUGGUCAUUAGCUAGUCUUUUGAUUACGAAACAAAAUAAAGGUGAUGAACAUUUUUUUA